AUGGAUCGAGUACUUGCCCUCACUGCAGCAUACGAAGUGUACACGGAUGUUUCAAAGAAAGCGGAAGAAGGCCUGAAAUUUUAUUCCACGCUGUUUUCGCUGGUAAGAAAUCUGGAUGAAGCGGUGGAAGCAAUCGAAAUUGCAUAUGCAGAGGAGAAGGACAAGAAUGAAAAGGAGAUGCUUCGAGCACUGGAGGAACGCACAAAUGCUCGUGUUUCCGGUAGAAACGCUGGAGCAAGUAGUAAUACUGCGAACGAAGUGCCCAUCGCAAACGGUGAUAAAAAAAGCUCGGAUUCGGGAUUUGAGAAACUGUUAGAAAAAGCUGAUAACCGAUGGGCUUUUGGUUAUGCUACAACUGGUGUCUUGGUUUGCCUCGUAAGUAAUAGUAAGGCGAAUACAAACUGA